CAGUAGCGCCAAUGGAAAGGAACGGAGACAAUAGUGAUGAUUCAAUUAAGGUUUGACGUUUGAAGAGGGAGGGUCUAAUGAUGCCUCCCUCUGCUUUAGGUUGUACGAGCCCACUUUUGAAUGCUAAUCAAUUUGAAGUAAACAGCGCAAUAGAAAGAAUCAAAUGUGUGUUAGUCGGCGAUGGAGCUGUCGGAAAAACAUCUUUAGUGGUCAGCUACAGCACAAACGGGUUUCCAAACGAAUAUAUUCCAACGGCAUUUGACAAUUACAACGUACUGGUACGAGUUGAUGGCCAUCCCAUAAGUGUGCAGCUGUGUGAUACAGCUGGCCAGGAUGACUUCGACCCAUUACGGUCUCUGUGUUACCCACAUUCUGAUGUGUUCCUUGUGUGCUUUAGUGUCAUUAAUCCUACAUCAUUCCAAAAUAUAUCAGAAAAAUGGCUACCAGAAAUUCGCCGUUUAUGCCCAGAGGCACCCCUAAUUCUGGUAGGUACUCAAAAUGACAGACGACGCGAUGCAAGACAGCUUCAGCAGCUUGCUCACCAUGGCCAAACACCAGUGACAGAGGCUCAGGCACGGUAUCUGGCACGUCAGAUUAACGCUGCCACCUAUGUGGAGACAUCAGCACUCACACAGCGGGAUUUAAAAGAAGCUUUUGAUCAAGCAAUUGUCAGUGCUCUUACACACAGAGGUACUGUUUUUAUGAACACAAAUGAAAGUUCAAAAUUCAAACACAAAAUUAGAAAGAAAAAACAGUCACUGUGGCAAAAGCUAUGUUGUUUUUCUUAGGAAUAUUAAAAGAAUCCAUGACCCUUUUGUUCCUGUAUGUCUACAAUAAAAAUUCUUUGUCAUAUUUUUAAGAAAUAUAAUGUAGCCAUAGUGAGUAGCCAUAAUGUUUUCUCCAUCUGUGAUCAACUUUUUACUUAUUAGACUGUACUCAGAGGUUGUGCAUAAUAAUGGGGAGUCUUCUUCUAUAUGUAAAUAUAUGUCAGAUUAUAUUGUCUACAGGCAUAUUUGUAUUGUAUAUUGUUCUAGAAAUCAGUUUUAUAAUGAUGUUGGAUCACUUAUGCUGUUAUGUAUGUGUAAGAAUUUUCUGUUAUUUUGUUGCAUUGUGUGUAAGAAGGCUCUAACCCUUCACAAGCCUAUGCAGUGCAGCAAAACAUUUAUUAAUUAACAGAUGAUAUUAAUUACUGGCUCAAGUUGCCAGAAAGUAUCUUAAUAAAUUUCCAGAAAAAUUAUUAUUCA